GGGUUUUUGCGUCACCUCCCGCCGACGACUCCAAAACACUACGCCUUCUGAUAAUGGGGAAGCAAUUCGCAACAAAACGAGGAUUGAAGAGGCACAAGACACCAGAUAGAGUUGACAGCAGAAAACAUGUAAAAAAGAGUCAACAUGUCAAGGAAGAUGAUACUCGUGCCGACUCUCCAGGAGAAUCAUACAGGGAAGAAUCUAAUGAUGAUGAAGCUUCAGAAGAAGUAAUCUAUAAAGAGCCAACUGUUUAUGAUAAAUUAUUGAUGAAACUUGGGUCGCACAAUAGAUCUGUUGCUGAUGCAUAUAACAAGAGACAAAGACAAGAAGAAGGAAAUAGUGACACAGAAGAAGAUGAAACUGAGGGCUCUGAAUCUCUUAGUGUGUCAAAUGAGGAAGAUGGUGAAGAAGAAACUGAUAAUGAAUCUCCCGGACUUCAAGAGCCUAUCACUUUCGAAGAUGCUGAAACUGACAGUGAUGUUGAGGCCUUUGACACUGAUCAGGACGAUGACAUUAGUGUUAAUGGCCUAUCUACUACUGAUGACUCUGCAGGCACCAGCUCUUUUAGCAAGCAUGUUGGGUACGUGUUGUCAAAAGGAGAGGCUGAAGAAUUGUCAAACAAGAAAUGGAAGUAUACGUGGGAAGUGCCUGCCUUCGACAGAUCAAAUGGCAAGUGGAUGGGAACAGGAGAGUGUUUUCUGAAGGAUGCUGACAUGAUCCCUAAUUAUGGUCUCAAGCAAAAGUUGUAUAAGCACUGGUUGGAUGUCUACAGGACAUGUGGGGGCAAUGACUUCAAUUCAUCUAGGCAGAGAUGGUUUUUUUCACUUUGUAACAGCUAUCGGGACAUUCUGCAUGGUAACAAGAAGCCCUUCUAUCACAAAGGCCUGGAAGAAGACUCACAGAUCAUGGAUGCAUAUCUCAUGCAUUCUCUCAAUCACAUAUUCAGAACUAGAGAUCUUGUGACAAAGAAUGAUUCAAAAAUAAGCAAGUAUCAAGAGAGUGCAAAGGAAGAAAUCCCUCCUGGUGAUGGUUUCCUUGAUCAAGGGUUUACUCGUCCUAAGGUUUUAAUCUUAUUGCCACUCAGAAGCAUUGCUCUCCGUGUUAUUAAGAGGUUAAUACAGCUAAUUCCUGAAACUUCCAAGGUUUGUGUUGAGCACAUUGAUCGUUUCUAUGAAGAGUUUGGAUCUGAAGGGGUUGAAGAUGAUGAGAACAAGGAUGAACAGCCCCAAAAUAUCAAAUCUUGGAAGCCUUCCAAACCUUCUGAUCAUCAAGCACUUUUUGGGGGUAAUCCAAGUGAUGACUUUAUGAUAGGUGUUAAGUUUACUAGGAGGAGUGUAAAAUUAUAUGGUGAUUUUUAUUCCUCGGACAUUAUUGUUGCUUCUCCUGUUGCAUUGAUUACUAAAAUUGGGAAGACCGAGAUGAACAAGGAACUAGACACUGAUUAUCUUUCUUCUAUAGAGGUUCUUAUUAUCGAUCAUGCAGAUGUAAUAUCAAUGCAGAAUUGGGACUUUUUGAAAUCUGUCAUUGAGCAACUGAACCACAUACCAUCCAAGCAGCAUGGAACCAACAUUAUGCGUAUCAGACAGUGGUAUCUAGAUGGGUAUGCGAGAUUUUACAGGCAAUCGAUUAUUUUAGGCUAUUAUUUAAACCCAGAUAUGAACGCUCUUUUCAAUCACCAUUGCAGCAACUAUGAAGGAAAAGUGAAGUUGGCAUCCCAGUUUAAAGGUGUUCUUCCAAAAGUUUUGCUCCAAGUCCGGCAGGUUUAUGAGCGAUUUGAUGCAGACUCAGUAGCAGAUGUUGAUGAUGCCCGUCUUGAAUAUUUUACCAAGAAGGUGUUUCCAAAGAUAAAAGAUUCUAUUCAGGGAGGGAUUAUGCUAUUUGUCAGUUCUUACUUUGAAUUUGUUCGUCUGCGGAAUUUUUUGAAGUCACAAAAUGCAUCAUUCUGUCUGCUUGGAGAUUACACGGAUCAGCGAGACAUAUCUCGUGCACGAGUUUGGUUUUUUGAAGGGAAGCGGAAGAUCAUGGUUUACACUGAGAGAAUUCAUUUUUAUCGCAGAUAUAAGAUUCGUGGCAUCAGAAAUAUGAUCAUUUAUUCUCUCCCAGAGCGGAAGGAAUUUUAUCCCGAGAUUGUUAAUAUGCUUGAAGAGUCUGAUGAAGCAACAUGCACAGUGCUAUUUUCUCGUUUCGAUCAGCUCAGGCUUGAGAGAAUUGUAGGAUCUGCUUCAGCGAAACAGAUGGUGAAAUCAGAAAAGGGAGUCUUUGUUUUCUGCUGAAAGGCUCCUCAAUGACCUAUGGCUUAGGAAACCUCGGUUGUCACUGAAGACUGGGAUUUAACUUGAGUGAGAAUAGAGGUCUGGACUUAUUCUUACAGAGUUUAAUAUACAGAUUCACAUGCUUAAAGAAGCCGCAUUAAGAAUCAGAUUCACUGCUACUCUGCGAAAAGGAUAACUCUUCUUAAUGUUGUUCUCUGGUCUCAAGCUGCAAUGAAAAAUUAUUGUUGUAAUUGUAACACAAGAUAAUUUAUGGUCCCCUUGAUUUCGAUUUUUUUUUCCCUCCACCAAAUGUAAAAGGGAAUGCUGGUUCAUAAACCAAAAACAUUUAU